AUGCCCCGAGAAAGAAUUACUUCAAGGUCAAGGUCUCGUUCACGGUCGAGGUCUCCUCGAAGACGAGAUGACCGACACGGUGCCCGUGACAAUGUGAGAGAAGACAGGCGUCGCUCUCCACGUUCACGCCAAAGGUCAUUGCCGCCAACUCACCGAAGGUCCAGAAGUAGAAGUCCGCCAGCCAAACCAUUGCGGCGCCAUGACUCCCGGUCGCAUUCAAGAUCAAAAGAUCGAAGGAAGAGGUCCAGGUCGCCCUCAGUUGAACGCAAGGGCAAGAGAAAGCGAGACUGCUCUGUGUCGACCUCUUCGGACUCUGACAACUCCAGUUCUAAACGGAAGAGAGAGAAAAGGAAACAUAGGGAUGGGAAGCGUAGUCAUAGUAAGGAAAGGAGGAGGGAGAAAAAACGAGAAAAGAAAGAGAAACGAGAAAAGGCGCGUUUAUUCUUUAAGAAACGCACUGGAACAGGUGCUCCCAAUUGGGGAAAAUAUGGCAUUAUUUCUGAUUCCGAUAUUUUCAAGAGAAAUCAGGAGUUCUACACAUGGCUUGUCGAAGAGCGAAAAAUCAAUCCAGAGACUAUCACAAAAGACCAGCAAAAGAAGGAGUUUUCUCGGUUUGUCGAGGAUUUCAAUACAGCGACCUUACCCCACGAGAAGUAUUAUAACAUGGAAGCCUAUGAGAAGCGCAUGUCCGCCCUUCGCCAGGGCGAAUACCUCCCUCCCGCGGAUGAUUCCUACGACCCAGAGGCUGACAUGAAAGCAAUAACGGGUGCACAUAAACGCAAACCAGUCGAACAUGAGAGUUACAUGAGCAAAGAGCAGUUGAUGCAGCUCAGGAAAGUGCAACACGAACGAAUAGAGGCUGGUAAAAUGAAACUUCUGGGAAUGGACGUCAAACAAAACAUGGGUGUUCGAAUGGAUGGGACUAUGUUCGACGGUUGAAAACUUACCCUCGAGGGGAAAUACAAAGCCGUGAAUCUCGUAAGCCAAAGUUUUCGACAACAUUUAGAAACCCCUGUAAGAUGGGCGGUGGGUGAAAAAAUGUGGAAACAAAGUUGGAUAUCAGUGUCCAUCUCAGGCCUCUUGAGUUUUCUUGGUUCUC